AUGUGGAGAUAUUACCUCAUUGUUCAGACGGAGACGGACUCCACCUUGUCAGCCUAUCUCCACGACAACCUCCAAACCCACAGUGGUACCAUAGACGUCUGGGCUGUGGAGGAGGAGCAGAGUGGCUGUGAUAUCUGUGGUGCCCACCUGAGCCAGCUGAAGCAGGAGGCCAUCCACCUGAUCCUAGCCAGGGAGGAGCGUGCCAAGUGGGCCACUCCAUCUCCCGCCAAGCCCCUUCCUGGAUCCACCUCCACCAAAGCAGCACCAUCUAGCCCCCACCUCUCAGGCUCUGCCAGGACCCAUAGUUCCUCUGCCAAGCCCUCCCCUGGACCUCGAUCCACCACCUCCACAGCACCAUCUAGCCCCCGCCUCUCAGGCUUCACCAGGAGUCAAAGCCCCCAGAAGACCCACCCUAGGAGGAUCCUGAAGCCCACCCCAGCUGAGAUGGAUAGAUGGGUUGAGGAGCAGCAGCACCUAGCCUCCUCCAUAUCAAUGUCCAGCAAUAACGGAGUCACCAUCUUUCCCUACCAGGUACUGCACAUCUAA